UCAACGUCUGGAGUGGUCGGACAACAUCUCGGAGGUCAAAGGGGACAAUCUUGCGAUGAUGUGUCACAAAUGAAGGUCUAUUUGUGCCUAAUUAGUAACCAUGGCCCCGUGACGGAAGGUAUCCAGGGUUUUUAUCUCGAUGUUUGUGUCUCCCACGGUACCAGCUCAAGUGUAAAGAUGUGUCACCAUUACGCACAUCUGGUUUAGCAUCAACUUCAUAGUGACUCUGGUUUAACAUCAACCUCACAGGGACUCCAAAAUGGAAGGAGAAAUAUGUUUGACAGCCAUCAUCAUGUGCAUCGGAGUAUGUACAGUUGAAGCUACUUCACCGACCCCCAUGGGAACCUCUGAGAGCCGUUACACAACUGUGCCGACAUUAACGACACCCCGAAUCCAUCUGGUGUUUCUUCACGAGCCCUAUUUCGGUGUUGUUGCUGAAAACGCUGACGUGGGCACUACAGUGAUGCAGGUUACGGCUUCAGGCAGUCCACGCAUAGAUCCCAGCAGAAUCCAGUACUCUAUUGCACAGGAAGAUGAACAAGGUUUCUUCAAACUUAACGAAACAACUGGUGUGAUCACAACAUCAUCAGUCAUAGACAGGGAGGCUGGACUUGAGGAUAAGUCAGCUCCAAGGGUUUUUACUCUUAUCAUCCAGGUAAGAAAGUCCGUUUGA